AUGCCGCACCCCAAGAGCCGACCCUUCAGGAAGCGCGAGUGCGAAGCUCGGAUCGAAGAUAGGCCCGAGCCGUGCACUGCCAGCGUGAGGCACGAGGCCGUUUGCCCUCUGUGUUUUGUACCCCUGCCCAGUGCGGGCUUGCUGAACCAUUUCUCAACGGCACACCACAGCACGGAACCCUCCAUCGGCCGCGAUCGGUUGCUGAGCGGCGGCUCGACAAUCCAACUGCUUGACGCGCGAACUCCGCCGGCGGCCGAAGCCAGGGCUUCAGGUCAGGAGCGCUCUGAGUUCUCCUAUUCUUUGCCGUAUGAGCUCGAUGUGGAGUUCACACUGCCUCGUUGGCUCACUGCAGAUGCAUCUAAUCGCAUCUUGUUCUUGGCCCUGGAUAUGAACUUGGUCAAGCAAUACAAGCUCAGCCCCUUAUCUGUUUGGAAAGGGGCCAGCGUUGCGGAGCAGUUCCAAUGUAUCAAGCCCGCUCAACACAUAGAUGCGAAACAGUUGCAGCAGAGACUGCACGGCAUUCCAGUCAAGCCAUGCGUGCUGUCUGGUGGAAAAGCGAGGUUGCUGCUGUUGGUUGUUGAACAGCCAAAAUACCUUAGGAAACCAGAAUGGUCUUUGCUUGGCAUGCACAGUGUGGCGUUGGACAGGUCACCGCUACAGCUCAGAAGUGCUGUGCAGUAUGCCGAGAUGCCAUUUGAGGACUUGGCUGUUUACGGACAGGUCACGCUGGAGACCACCGCGGUUCCCGUGACUCCAGAAGCCUUGCAUCGUGUUCCCCUGAACAUCAUGUGUGUUUUGGAUUCUUCAUCGUCCAUGUCGCCGUACCUGCAACAUGUCCAGACUGCAAUGUGUCACAUGCUCCAGCGCCUUGUGCCACAAGAUCAGUUGGGAGUUGUAACCUCCACAUCAGUUGCACUUGAACUGUCCUUGAUGGAUGACGAGGGCAAGCGGCAGGUAACAGAGGCCCUUGAGGCCGUGCAAACUGAAGAUGAUGCCAAUGAUGCCCAUGUCACCCGAGGGCUUGCCCUGGCUCUGCAGUGCCUGGAGAUGAUGGAGAGGCGCGCAGCGCCUUCUUCGGUCUCCGCGAUUCUUCUCGUGGCCUGCAGCCAGGAUGGCCAGCUUCGGGAGCACACGGACUUCUUGCUCGAGCGCUGCGCGGCGCUUCGCUGCAGCUUGCACACCUUGGCGCUUGCAUCGGAGGAAGACAUGGAUGCACUCCCAGAGCUCUCCAUGAGAGCAAGAACACCCUUCACCUUCAUUGAGGAAGCUUCCUUCCUCCGGGAGGCGCUUCAGAGCCUCGUUGACCGUCUGUCCACCACGGUUGCGCAGCAGGUGGAGGUGACCCUGAAGCCUUGCUUUCACCUAGAGGAGGUCCUCACGCCGUUUGACUGCUACCGCAAGCCGGGUGGUUCCUGGCAUGUGAGAAUCCCGGACCUGGGCGUCGGUGAGAGGCGGGACAUCCUGGUGAAGCUCGCUGUGCCGGCCGCUGCGCAGAUGAAGCAAGAUGGCAGCAUCACACUCCUGGAAGCCUCCGUUUCCUCGCAAGGAGGUUACUCCCUGGCGGAGUCGACUUCCAUCAGCAUGCGCCGCACCACUGAAGAAGGUGGAGCUGGUGGAUGUAUAGUAAACAGUGUAAAGGAUGUCAGGGAGAACUUGGAAGUGCGAGACCAAGUGGAGCGCUGGGAGGCAGGCCGGGUAUUGGAAGAGGCGGUCUUCGAUGCCGACCAUCUUGCUUUCGAGGCCGCCGUGGCACAUGUGCGGUGCAAGCGCGGAGAGUAUGAGCUGAUGGAAAGGACGCCCUUGCUUGCACUCUUGGAUCAGGACUUGUGCCGCAUGGAGCAGAGUUUCGAGCUCCGCACCAGCACCGAAUGGAAGGCUUGCCGGCCAAAGGUCCUGCAGGCACUUCUCGGCCACAGGCUGCAACGCUUAGUGAACAUAGCUGCCCCGACUUCGCAUUGA